AUGGAGAGUCUAAAGCUGGGGCAAAUCCCAGAACACUUGUGUAUCAGACUGGUGGCCAUGUUGCUCUUGGCAAUAAUUUUUCUCCCGAGCACCUUCUGUGACACUGGAUCUGUAUCUAAUUCUUCCUAUGAAACAGUCAUCCCUGAGAGAGUGCCAGGAAAGGGGACUGAAGAUCCUGGAGGAAAGGUGUCCUACGUGCUGUUGAUACAAGGCCAAAAGCAGCUGCUUCACCUCAAGGUAAAGGGACACUACUCUGAGAAUAACUUCCCAGUCUACAGUUACCACAAUGGCAUCCUGGGGCAAGAAAAGCCUCUCCUCUCCCAGGACUGCCACUAUGAAGGCUACAUGGAAGGGGUGCCGGGCUCCUUUGUUUCUGUCAACAUCUGUUCAGGCCUCAGGGGAGUGCUGAUUAAAGAAGAAACAUCCUAUGGUAUUGAGCCCAUACUCUCUUCCAAAAACUUUGAACACGCCCUCUACACCAUGGCACAUCAGCCUGUGGUCUCCUGCAGUGUCACCCCUAAAGACAGCCCGGGGGACACCAGCCAUCAACAAAGGAGCAGGAAGCCCGAUGACCUACCUGUCCUGUCUGACUUGUGGUCACACACCAAGUAUGUGGAAAUGUUUGUGGUGGUCAACCAGCAGCGGUUCCAGAUGUGGGGCAGCAGUGUCAACGAGACAGUCCAGGCAGUAGUGGACAUCAUUGCUCUGGCCAACAGCUUCACUAGGGGGAUAAACACAGAGGUGGUGCUGGUGGGCCUGGAAAUCUGGACAGAGGGGGACCCGAUAGAGGUCCCAGUGGACCUGCAGGCCACACUCAGGAAUUUCAACUUCUGGAGACAGGAAAAACUGGUGGGCCGGGUCAGGCACGAUGUGGCACACUUGAUUGUCGGGCAUCGCCCAGGAGAGAGCGAGGGCCAGGCGUUUCUCGACGGUGCCUGUUCAGGCGGGUUUGCGGCAGCCGUGGAGGCCUUCCAUCAUGAAGAUGUCCUCCUGUUUGCGGCGCUCAUGGCCCACGAGCUCGGGCACAACCUGGGUAUCCAGCACGACCACCCGACCUGCAGCUGUGGGCCUAAGCACUUCUGCCUCAUGCACGAGAAGAUCAAGAAGGACAGUGGCUUCAGCAACUGCAGCUCCGACCACUUCCUCCGUUUCCUCCAUGGCCACAGAGGGGCCUGCCUGCUUGACGAGCCUUGGCGCCAGAGCCGCAAGCGCAGAGCUGCCCAUUGUGGAAAUGGCGUGGUGGAGGAUCCGGAGGAGUGUGACUGCGGCAGUGACUGUGAUAAAAGUCAUUGCUGUGAUGAAAAUUGUAAACUGAAAGGGGGCUCACAGUGUAGUGAUGAACUUUGCUGUUUUCAAUGUAAAUUUAAAAAGAAAGGAGAUAUUUGCCGUCCUGCUGACGGACCAUGCGACCUGGAAGAAUAUUGCAAUGGGACCUCUGCAAACUGUCCCAGGAACAGGAUAGCUCAAGACGGCUCUGUAUGCCAUGAGUCAUUCUUCUGCUUUGAUGGCCAUUGCAUGGAUCCCAGCUUUCAGUGCUCACGUGUCUUUGGGAAUGGUGCAAAGUCUGGCCCAGAUUAUUGCUACAGCUCUCUGAACAGUAGAGGAGACCGGUUUGGAAACUGUGGCGUCUCCUCUGAGCUUCCACGAACGUACACCAAGUGUUCAGAUCACGAUGUAAUGUGUGGGAAACUCGUAUGUACAGAGGUAGCCUUCCUGCCACAGAUCAAACCCAACCACAUGCUGAUCCAGGUCCCUCAAGUAGAGGACUGGUGCUGGACCUUGAAUACGGUUGACCAGACAGAUACCAUCGAAGAGGGAAAUGUGAGGGACAACACUUUCUGUGGCAAAGAUAAAGUGUGUGAAAAUUCUGUCUGUAAGAGCUUCACCCUACCCGAGCAGCCCUGUAACCCGAGCAGACACUGCAAUGAGCAUGGGGUGUGCAAUGACCUGGGAAACUGCCACUGCUCAAUUGGCUUUGCACCUCCUGACUGCAAAGAUGAAGGCACCGGAGGCAGUGUGGACAGUGGCCCCACUGUCACCCCGCAAGAUGAUUAUCCGACAGAACAGAACUCCACACAGUCUAGAACGAAAGACCUGAUCCUUAACCUGAAGCUCAUCGUCCUGACUAUCGUGCUGGUGCUCAUGAUACUCCUGAUAAUCGUAUGCAUCAUAACCACCUACACCAAGUCAGAGCCUGUCUCCGAAGCAGAGUCUUCAGUGUUAGAGAAGCUUCCAGAAGAGGAGGAGGAGGUAGAGGAGGAGGUGGAGGUUCCACCAGAAGAAGCUGAGAAAGAAGAAGGAGAGGAGGAGGAGUUGGGGGAGAAAGAGGAAGAAACAGAAGAGGUAAACGUAGAAGAGGAAAACGUAGAAGAGGAAGAAGCAGAAAACCAAGACAAAGAAGAAGAAGAAGAAGAAGAGGGAGAGGAAUAA